AUGUCAUAUAAAAGUCAACUUGAUACUUUUGUAUCUAGACUUAAUGAUAAUGCCGAUUAUAAAGAGAUUCAUUCGGUUUUAAGUGAACUAUUGGAUAUGAUAGAAACUUUCAAUGGAGCUGCCGAAUAUGAAUAUUUCUUAUCCAAUUUAAUCCCCAUCUUUUUGAAAUACUUAGAUGAUGUUCCAAUAGUAUUCAAUACUCAAUUACCAGAACAAAAGUUAAGAAACUCCAUCUUAGAGAUUCUUCAUAGAUCAUUAUUAAAUGAUACAUUCCAACCAUACAGUGAAAACAUUUUAAGCAAAUUAAUGGAAAUUUUAGUCGAAGAAAAUGAAGAUAAUGGUGUUUUAUGUAUGAAAAUUAUAACCAGCUUACAUAAAGCUUAUAAAGAGAAAUUAAAUGAUAGAGCCCAAGAAUUCAUUGAUAUAAUUUGCCAGAUUUAUGAUAAUAUGCCAGAAACCAUUUCCAUGGUAUUUAAUGCAUCAAAUUCUUCAACUAAUUCUCAACAAGAUGAUACUAGUACAGGUACUAAAGAAAUGUCACCAACUUUCCCUGAAGAUAAUUCAGCUAAAAGUUUGAAUAAAGCUAUGUUCUCAUUUAAAACUUUAGCUGAAAGUCCCAUUACCAUGGUCUCAUUAUAUUCAUCAUAUAAAGAAUUAGUUCAAACAUCAUUAACGGUAUUUUUACCUAAAAUAAUCAAUCUUUUAACCUUAGAAGUUGAACAACAAAGAAUUUAUAGAGAAGAAAUUUUAAGUAAUAAUGACAAUAAUGUGGUAACAUCAAUAUCACCUCAAAUAUCAAAUAGACAAGCAUUUAGUGAUUUUAUUUUAGGUCAAGUUAAAGCUGCUUCAUUCUUAGCUUAUGUAUUUAUUAGAGGUUAUGCUAAUAAUAAUUUGAGUGAAGAACAAGGUAAAGUUGUACCUGAAGUGAUUUUAAGAUUAUUACAAGAUUGUCCAGCAGAAUUAUCAGUAGCUCGUAAAGAAUUAUUACAUGCUACAAGACAUGUAUUAUCAACACCUUUCCGUUCCCAUUUCAUACCAAAAAUUGAAUUGUUAUUUGAUGAGAAGAUCUUAAUAGGUGAGGGAUUAACAGCUUAUGAAACUUUAAGACCUUUAGCUUAUUCCACAGUAGCAGAUUUCAUUCAUAAUGUGAGAAAUGAAUUGACUCCAAAACAAAUUUGGUCAACAGUAUUAAUUUAUUGUGAUUUACUUAAAGACGAUUCUUUAGCUUUAACUGUUCAAAUUAUGAGUGCUAAAUUAUUACUUAAUUUAGUGGAAAGAAUCAUGAAAUUACCAAAUAAACUUGAAGGUCGUCAAUUAUUUAUGAUAAUUAUUGAUUCUUAUGCUAAAAGAUUUGGUAGUUUGAAUAGAAAAUAUGAUCACAUUAUUAGAGUUCAUAAAGACUUUGAAAAGAAAAGAUUAGCCAAAGAAGAUGAAAGUAAGAAAGCUAUUGCCAGAUAUUCAUCAAAGAAUGAUGGUGAUGUUGAAAUGAUUGAUGCCAAAGAGGAAACUAAACUAAUAAGUGAUGAUGAUAUGAUUGAAGACAAAGAUGAAGAGGAUGAAGAAAAUGAAGAUGACGAUGAAAAGAUUAUAGAUAUCUUCAAUAUCGAUCAAGGAUCUCCAGUAAAUUCUAAUCCAUCAACUAUAAAUUCAGACUUGUUGAAAGAUGCUAGAUAUUUAUUCAGAACUUUAAUGACAUUUUUGAAAUCAGUAAUAUUUGGAUUGAAAAAUUGUAAUCCUCCAGUACCUCCACAACCAACACCAGAUUCUAAAAAUGGUGGUCAAACAGUUAACUAUGAUAAAUGGAAUGAAUCAGCUAAAAUCACAUCAUUUGAGGAAGUUAACAUAUUAAGAGAAUUAUUCAAAUCAGGUAUUAGUUGUUUAAGAUUUUUCACUGUUUCCAAACCAAAAGCUACUUUAAGUGCUAAAGCUUUCGAUUUCUCCGGAGGAGGUCCUAAUUUACCUAUAACUUCAUCAAAGGAAGAAAAAGAUUUAAUGGAAAUUUUCGCUACAAUUUUCAUUCAUGUUGAUCCUGCUUCAUUUAAUGAAAUUGUUGGUAAUGAAUUACCAUUUUUAUUUGAUUCUAUGUUAGAGAAUGCUGCAUUAUUACAUUUACCACAAUUCUUCUUGGCUUCAGAUAUAACUUCAGCUAAUUUUUCAGGAUUAUUAAUAUCUUUCUUGAGAUCAAAAUUACCUGAACUUGGUAAAGUGGAUUUAAUUAAAUCCAAUAUUCUCAUUAGAUUAUUUAAGUUAUGUUUCAUGUCGGUGAAUUUAUUCCCUACUACCAACGAAACGGUGAUUUUACCUCAUUUAAACCAUUUAAUCUUGGAAUCUUUGAAAUUAUCUACUACAGCUGAAGAACCUAUCGUGUACUCAUAUUUAGUAAGAAUAUUAUUCCGUAGUAUAAGUGGAGGGAGAUUUGAAAGUUUAUACAAAGAGAUAAUGCCUAUCUUACCAGUAUUAUUAGAAAGUUUAAAUAAAAUGAUUGCUAAUGCUAGAAGACCUUAUGAAAGAGAUAUUUAUGUGGAAUUAUGUUUAACUGUUCCUGUAAGAUUAUCAGUAUUGGUACCUCAUUUAAAUUUUUUAACUAGACCUUUAGUUCAUGCAUUAAAUGGAUCACAAGAAUUAGUCAGUCAAGGAUUAAGAACUUUCGAAUUAUGUGUUGAUAAUUUAACAGCUGAAUAUUUCGAUCCUAUGAUUGAACCUGUGAUUGAUGAGAUCAUGGCUGCUUUAUGGAAACAUUUAGAACCGGUACCAUAUCAUCAUCAACAUUCUCAUACUGCCAUUAGAAUUUUAGGUAAAUUAGGUGGUAGAAAUCAUAAACAUUUCAAACCUUAUAAUAAAUUAAAAUCUCAAUCAGCUUUAGAUCAUGAAAUUAAAGCCCUUUUCCUGAUCCAUGGAUUAAAUGGUGAAAUCCCUGUUUCAAUUACUCCAGGAGUCGAAUCAGCUAUUAGUUUAUUAGAAGAUUCAAAGAUAAAAUCUCAUUAUAGAAUCAGUGCUUUCAAAUACUUAUCAUCAAUUUUCAAAUUAUUAAUUGAUACUUCUCCAUUACCUGAAGAUUUACCUGGUUAUAUCGCCAAAUGUGUUUCAAUCUUGAAAGACGAAAAACAAGAAGAUGCCAUUGAACUUGAAGAAAGUGAUACUAAAGAUUUAAAUAAAUUGAAUAUCCAACAAAAAUUAUUUAGUAGAUUACUUGAAGUGUUAUAUUUCUCAGUUUCCAUACCUGAAAUUAAAGAAGAAGCUAAUAAAUUGAUUGAUGGCAUAACCGUUCAUUUCACAUUAAAUUACUUAUGGGUUUCAGUUAUUGAUAAAGUAAAGAAAGAAAGACCUUUCUCAGUUGAAGAUAAAGAAGGUAAAGUUUAUAUCAAUGAAAAUGCUUAUUUGAAUGCAUUGAAUUAUGCAUUGAGUUUCUAUGAUGAAGCAGUCAGAAAUAAAGCUAUUGAUAGUAUAAAACUUGUUUAUUCAACUUCACUUGCAAUUUUUGGAUCAACUGAAGAUGUGUUGAUAUCACCAGUAUUCCGUUCAAUGUUUUAUAGAUUUACUCAUUGCUGUUUUAGUGAAUAUUAUUAUAAUAAAUUAGGAGGUAUCUUGGGACUCAAAUCAUUGGUUGAAGAUUGUUCAAUACCAAGUUCUUGGUUCACUAAACGUCAAUUUGAAUUAGUUCGUUCAGUAUUUUUUGUUACUAGAGAUACUCCUGAAGUUGCACCACUGGAAGUUCGUGAUGUUGCUAGUAAUUUAGUAUUGAAAAUCUUAAAAGAUUGUAAUAGUGAUUUAACUAAAGAUUCAUUAAUGGAGAAACCUUAUCAAAGUAUUGUUGGGGCUAUAGUUUAUGAUUUAGCCAGUUCAAAUUCUCAUGUUAGAGAAUUAUCCAAAUCUUCAUUAAAAGUUUUAUCAGAAACCACCAACAUCCCAAUUGCAACAAUUGUUGGUUCAUGUAAACAAUUAUUAUUGACUCCAAUUUUUGGUAAACCUUUAAGAGCAUUACCAUUCCCUAUGCAAAUUGGUAAUAUUGAUGCUAUAACUUAUUGUUUAGAUCUUGAAGAUACUUUCUUAACCUUCAAUGAAGAAUUAAACAGAUUAUUAUUAGAAGCUUUAGCUUUAGUUGAUGCUGAUGAUGAAUCUUUAGCUAAUGUUCAUCGAUUGAAUGAACACAGAACUUCAAAACAAUUGAUUGAAUUAAGAGUUGUUUGUAUCAAAUUAUUAUCAUUAGCUUUAACAAGACCUGACUUUUCUUUAGGUUCAUUAGCUGAAGCAAGAAUUAGAAUCUUGGGAGUGUUCUUCAAGGCUUUAUGUAAUAAAUCCACUGAUAUAAUUAAUGCAGCUCAUUUAGGUUUAAAAUCAAGUCUUUCAGAGAAUGCUAAAUUACCAAAAGAAUUACUUCAAAAUGGUUUAAGACCAAUGUUGAUGAAUUUAUCUGAUCAUAAGAAGUUAACAGUUUCUGGUUUGGAAGCUUUAGCUAAAUUAUUGGAAUUAUUGAUUUCUUAUUUCAGAGUUGAAAUUGGUAGGAAAUUAUUAGAUCAUUUAAUGGCAUGGGCCCAAAUCAAUACUUUACGUCAAAUGUCAAGUCAAGAUUUAGAUAAUAAUCAUACAGUUCAAAUUGUUAUAGCUAUAUUGAAUAUUUUCCAUCUUUUACCAGCAAAAGCUUAUACUUUCAUGGAGGAAAUCAUUAAUACUUUACAAUAUUUAGAAGGUCAUUUAGAUCGUCACCAAAAUUCACCUUUCAGAACCCCAGUAGCUAAAUUUUUGAAUAGAUUUUCAGAAAAUUCCGUUCAAUACUUCUUGGAGAAUUUCAAAAAUAGAAAAUUAGGUAAUAUGUUAGCAUAUUUCACUGGUUUGGAAGAAUGUAAAGAUUUAAGAGAUUUAAUCAAAACUAAAUUUGAUGAUAUAAUUCAAGAUAUUGAAGAUGAAACCGAUAAUGAAGUCAAGAUUACUAAGUUUGCUAAUGCCGUUGAUAUUAUUCAAUCAAUGAUGUUGGAUAGUGAAUGGUUUAAUGACCAAAAGGAGUUAAUUGUUAAACUUUUCAAUAUUUCAAGAAGUGUAGGAGAAUUUGGUGAUGCUUCAUCUUCACCAACAUAUUUCCAAUCUGAUCAAGCUAUUAAUAAGAUCCAAAUGAUUAUGAUCCAAUUCUUGAAGGAUAACCUGGAAGAAUAUGAUUUGGUAUUUGAUAUUAUCAAUGAAUUUACUAGUUCUAAUAAGAAAGUUCCAGAUAUUGCUGAAAAUUUCAUCUUUGAAAAUAUCGUAAGUUCAACAGAUGUUAAAUUCAGAGAACAAUAUUUAUCUAAAUGUUGUGAACAUAUCAUGAAACAAGAAUACAAUCUCAAAGCAAAGAUUUUUAUAUUGAAGAAAAUCUUCAAUUCAAUUAUUCUUUAUGAAGCUGAGAAGAAAGAUAAUAUUGACUGUUUCUUUAAAGGUAAGAAAUCUCCUAAAUGGUUAGAAAAUUUCUAUAAUGAUGUUUGGAAGUCAACUAAUGAUAUUAUAACUGGUCAUACUUCAGGUAAGCUUGAUAGUUAUAGAUUCCAAUUACUUGAAGCUACAGCUAUUUUACUUAAAUGGGGAUCGAAAUUCACCAGUGAAUAUAAAAAGGAUAUGAUCAAAUUUAGUUGGAAUUAUAUCAAAUUGGAAGAUAAUAUUACUAAACAAGUAGCUUAUGUCACUACAGCUUAUUUCAUUGCAGCUUAUGAAACUCCAAGUAAACUUGCUACUCAAGUAUUUGUUGCAUUACUUCGUACUCAUCAAAAUGAUUCAAGACAUUUGGUUAGACAAGCUUUGGAUAUUUUAGCCCCUGUAAUGCCUGAAAGAAUCAUUGAAGAUGAAUCUUCAUCUUUAGGUUGGUUAAAAUGGCCUCGUAGAGUUAUUUCUGAAGAUGGGUUUAAUGUUACUCAAGUUUUGAAUGUUUAUCAAUUCAUUGUUCAACAUCCAGAUAUUUUCUUUGUUGCCAGAGAACAUUUUAUUUCAAGUAUCAUUACAGCUAUGGGUAAAUUAACUAUUCUUGCUAACCCAGCAGUUGAAAAUCAAGUUCUUGCUAUUGAUUUGGCAGAAUUGAUUUUAAAAUGGGAAUCAAAAGCUAGAGAAUCAAUCGAUGAUACGUCAAAUAAUAGCGAUGACUUUACUACUUCACCAAAUUAUGAAAUACCUUUAGGUCAAAAGGAAGCUUGUGUUACUUUCUUAAUCAGAUACGUUUGUAUUAGUCCUCAAAGAGCUUCAGAAAGUGAAUUAGGUCAAAAGGCUUUAGGAAUCUUAUCUGACCUUUUGAAUCCUCAAUUAUGGAAUGAUGUUUCAUUCAAAUUGGAUUUCUUUGAAAAAUUCUUAUUAUCAAAUGAUUUGAAUUCUUCAAACUUAUUAGGUUAUUGUUUGAAUGCUUUAGAAGUUUUAGGUGUUGGAUUAGAAUGGCAAAGUUCUAAAUGGAUAUUAGAACAUCUUCCUGAAUUGAAUAAAUUACUUGAAAAAUGUAUCAAAUCAGAUAAUCAUGAUAUUCAAGAAGCUUUACAAAGAGUUUUAAGAACUAUUUUGAAAGCUGUUAAUGAUGAAAAGAAAUCUGAAGAGGAUGAAGAUGAUGAAGUUAAAGAUUUUAUCCAAUUAUUGGUUACUACAGUUUCUGAAGAUUUAAAUGAAAUGCCUUCAGUUGCUGCUGGUGUUACAUUAUCUUGGACUUUAGCUAACUACUGUCCAAACACUUUAGAUUCUCUUUUACCUACUAUUAUGAGAACUUUUAGUAAAUUAUGUAAAGAUCAUAUUACCAUAACUCAUCAAGGUUCACAAUCAAGUUCAAAGGAUAGUUCUAAUUCAGAAUUUGAAGCUAAAAUGACUACCAGAUUAUUAGAAAGAAUUUUGAAUUUAUCAUCAAUGAGAAUUUCUACUUUAGGUGAUCAAAGAAGAAUCUUUUUAUCAUUAUUGGCUCAAUUAAUUGAAAGAUCUUUAGAUAAAGAAACUUUGGAAAAGAUCAUUAAAAUUGUUAAAGGUUGGGUAUUUUCUAAAAAUGAUUUAUUCCCUACAACCAAAGAAAAAGCAGCUAUUCUUGCUAAAAUGAUGGUUUUCGAAAUUAGAGGUGAACCAACUCUUUCAAAAGAAUUUUAUCAAAUUAUCGUAGAUAUUUUUGAAGAUGAUGCUUUUAGUUGUUCAGAAUUAACUGUUCGUAUGGAACAACCUUUCUUGGUAGGUACCAGAUCAGCAGAUGUAUCAAUUCGUAGUAAGUUGAUGUCUUUAUUGAACAAGAGUCUUGAAAAAGAUAUCAAACAAAGAUUAUAUUAUGUUAUUAGAGAACAAAAUUGGGAAUAUUUAGCAGAUUAUCCUUGGUUAAAUCAAGCUUUACAAUUACUUUAUGGAGCUUUUGAUUUCGAUAAAAAAUUACAACUUGUUGAUGAUGAAGAUAAAUUACCCCCAGUAAGCUCAUUCCCAUUCACCAUUGAAAAUGAGAUGGAAGUUGAUGUUAGUGAUAGCUUACAAGAAGUUUUGGAUAAACAUAAGGAAUUUUUAUCGGAAAUAUCUGAAUUAAAAGCCAGUGCUAUAUUAGAACCAUUGAUUGAUAUGUUUUAUCAAAGUAGUGAAACUGUUCAUAAAGCUUGGUCAACUAUUUUCCCUAUAGCUUUUACAUCGAUUCCAAGAUCAGAACAUCUUGAUUUUACAAGAUUCUUGGUAGUCUUAUUGUCUAAAGAUUAUCAUCUUCGUCAAGUUGAUAGUAGACCUAAUGUUGUUCAAUCAUUGUUACAAAGUAUUUCUAAAUGUAAAGAAUUACAACUACCACCAUUUGCUGUUGAAGCUUUGGCAUCAAAUUUCAACGGAUGGGCUCAUGGUAUUCAUAUACUUGAAAAUAUUGAUGAAGCUUCAGUUAAUGGUAAUGCUGAAGUAAGAGAAAUUACUCAAGAUGCUUUAGCUAAAUUAUUUGCUACAUUAAAAGAAGAUGAUAUGUUUUAUGGAUUAUGGAGAAGAAGGGCCAAAUAUACUGAAACCAUAUCUGCUUUAUCAUUUGAACAAAUUGGUCUUUGGGAUAAAGCUCAACAAUUAUAUGAAGCGGCUCAAAUUAAAGCUAGAUCAGGUGCUUUACCUUACGGAGAAAGUGAAUAUGCUUUAUGGGAAGAUCAUUGGAUCUUAUGUACGGAAAAACUUCAACAAUGGGAUAUUCUUACCGAAUUAGCCAAACAUGAAGGAUUUUCUGAUCUUUUAUUAGAAUGUGGUUGGAGAGUUGCUGAUUGGAAUGCCGAUAGAGAAACUUUAGAACAAACUGUUAAAGGAGUUAUGGAUGUUCCAACUCCAAGAAGACAAGUGUUUGAAACUUUCUUAUGUUUACAAGGUUAUGGUCAAGAAAAGCAAACUUUACAAGAUCUUUCAAAAUUAUGUGAUGAAGGUAUUCAAUUAGCUUUAAGAAAAUGGCAUGGAUUACCUCCUAAAUUUAAUAAUGCUCAUAUUCCUUUAUUACAUACAUUCCAACAAUAUGUGGAAUUUAUGGAAGCUAGUCAAGUUUAUUCAAGUCUUGUUUCCACUAAUGCUCAAAAUCUUGAUGUUAAAUCUCAAGAUUUGAAACGUGUUUUACAAGUAUGGAGAGAAAGAUUACCUAAUACUUGGGAUGAUAUUAAUGUUUGGAAUGAUUUAAUGACUUGGCGUCAACAUGCUUUCCUGGUCAUUAAUGAAGUUUAUAUGCCUUUCAUUCCUAUCCUUCAACAAUCGAAUUCUGGAAGUAAUGCUAAUUCUUAUGCUUAUAGAGGAUUCCAUGAAAUUGCCUGGGUAAUUAAUAGAUUUGCUCAUGUAGCUAGAAAACAUGGAAUGUCAGAUGUUUGUAUAACUCAAUUAACUAAGAUUUAUCAACUUCCUAAUAUUGAAAUUCAAGAAGCUUUCUUAAAAUUGAAAGAACAGGUUAAAUGUUAUUACCAAAAUCCUCAGGAAUUGAACACCGGUUUGGAUGUUAUUAGUAAUACUAACUUGGUUUAUUUUGCUACUCAACAAAAGGCCGAAUUCUUUACUUUGAAAGGGAUGUUUUUGAAUAAGUUAAAUCAAAAAGAUGAAGCUAAUAAAGCUUUUGCUACAUCAGUUCAAAUUGAUCUUAAUUUACCAAAAGCUUGGGCUGAAUGGGGUCUGUUUAAUGACCGUCGUUUUAAAGAAAAUCCAAAUGAUAUGGUUUAUGCUAAUAAUGCCAUCAGUUGUUAUUUACAAGCUGCUGGUUUAUAUAAAAACGGCAAGACUAGAAAAUUACUCGCAAGAGUUCUUUGGCUUAUUAGUUUGGAUGAUAAUUCUGGUACUUUAACUCAAGCUUUUGAAAAUUUCAGAGGUGAAGUACCUGUUUGGUAUUGGAUUACAUUUAUUCCUCAAUUACUUUCUUCCUUAAGUAACAAAGAAGCUACUUUAGCAAGACAAGUAUUGAUUCGUAUUGCUAAGAGUUAUCCACAAGCUUUACAUUUCCAUCUUCGUACUACUAAAGAAGAUUUCGCUGCUAAACAAAGACAAUACAUGGAAAUGUCUAGACAAGGCAAACCCGAAGAUGGUAAGACUGAAGAUGCUAUCGAAGAAAAGGAAGAAAAGGAAGAUAAAGAAGACGCUAUGGAUGAAGAUAAAGAAGAAAAAGAACAAGAUGAAAAGGAAGAUAAAGAGGAUAAAGAAGAAUCCAAGGAUGAAAUUAAAGAUGGCAAUUCAGAAACCAAAGAUGAAAAAGUUAAUGGUACCAGCUCAGUACCUAUGGGGGCAAGGAAAUCUUGGGAACAUGUUGAUGAAAUUAUGGGUAUUUUGAAAACAGCUUAUCCACUUUUAGCUCUUUCAUUAGAAUCAUUAGUUGAUCAAAUUAAUCAACGUUUUAAAUGUACUGCCGAUGAAGAUGCUUAUAGAUUAAGUGUAGCUUUACUUAAUGAUGGAGUUCAAUAUCUUAAUAGACUUGGUAAUCCAAGAGAUGAUGCUAAAUUACCUCCUGUUACUGAAGCUAAUAUUACUAGAUUUGCUGAAACUGUUUUACCUAAACAAAUAAGAACAGAAUUUGAAAAGGAUCUUGUUCUUGGUAAACCUAAUCUUGAAACUUACAUUACCAAAUUACGUAAAUGGAGAGAUAGAUUAGAAGAUAAACUUGAUAGAAGAUUUGCUGAAAUCAAUUUAGAGAAUUUAUGUCCACAUUUAAGUGAAUUCCAUCAUCAAAAAUUCGAAGAAAUUGAAGUUCCUGGUCAAUAUCUUUUGAAUAAAGAUAAUAAUACUCAUUUCGUUAAGAUUGAAAGAUUCUUACCUACUAUUGAUUUAGUUAGAGGUACUAAUGCUUGUCAUAAACGUUUAAGAAUUAGAGGUCAUGAUGGUAGUGAACAUAUCUUUGCUGUGCAAUUCCCAGCUGCUCGUCAUUGUAGACGUGAAGAAUCCCUUUUCCAAUUAUUCCGUAUCUUUGGUGAUACUUUAUCAAGAAAAGUUGAAACCAGACGUCGUUACAUUCAAUUCACUUUACCAAUUGCUGUACCAUUAUCACCACAUAUUCGUAUCAUCAAUGAUGAUCCUGGUGAUAUUUCUCUUCAAAAAGUUUAUGAAGAUUAUUGUCGUCGUAAUGGUAAAAACCGUGAUGAACCUUUCAUCUAUACUAUUGAAAAAUUAAGAGCUGCUUUUGAUCCUCGUUUACCUAAACCUGAUAUCAUGAGUAUUAGAGUUGAAAUCUUAGGUGCUAUUCAAACCAUGUUAGUUCCUUCAAAUGUUUUGAAGAAUUAUUUCGUUGAAAAUUAUCCUAAAUUUGAAGAUUUCUGGUUAUUCCGUAAACAAUUUACUUCUCAAUAUGCUUCAUUUAUUUUCAGUACUUUCAUGAUGUGUGUUAAUACUAGACAACCUCAAAAAAUCCAUGUUAAUAAAAACAGUGGAACUGUUUGGACUUCAGAUAUGUUACCAUGUAAAGUUGCUAAUAAAUCUGGAGCUUUAGAAUCCAAUCAAAAUGGAAGACCUCAACCAUUAUUUUAUAAUGCUGAAUUAGUACCUUUCCGUCUUACUCCAAAUAUCCAAAAAUUAAUUGGUGAAGUUGGUAUGGAAGGUAUAUUAUCAGUUCAUGUUUUAGCUAUUGCUAGAGCUUUAACUGAACCUGAAUCUGACUUAGAACAAUAUUUGACAUUAUUUGUUCGUGAUGAAGUUGUAAGUUGGUGUAAACAACAAGAACCUCCAAGAACUCCUCAAGAUACUCAAUUGAAGGAAUUGGUUCGUGUUAAUGUAGAAAUAAUUAUUAGAAGAGUUAUGUCUAUUGGUCAUAUAUCUUCUGGCCCUACAGUGGCUACUCAAAAUGUAUUAGAACUUAUAUCUCAAGCUGUCAAUCCAAGAAAUUUGGCUGCUGCUGAUACUUUAUGGAUGGCAUACCUUUAG